AUGUAUCGACAGUCAUUACGGACGGCGACAAGUUCGCUCGCAAGAGCAGUUCCCAGACAGCAAGUCAGCAGACGAUGCAUCAGCACAGCGCCACCACAUGAGAAGUCGCGGAGCUUGAGGAGUUCGGCCGUGAGAUGGGGGUUGGCGGGUGCUUUGGUGUAUUAUUACAAUACUUCUAGUGCUUUUGCGGAGGAGCCACAGUAUGCGAUGCAUGCGCCACCAGAAACAUCACGAGAGAACGAGGUCUAUCCCACCCUUGAAGCAGUCGCGGCGCAAAGAAAAUCACAAUCAACAUCUCUAUCGGCAUCAUCUAGCUCCCAGUCUCCAUCAGUCGCUGUAGCAGAUGGCGAGAGCGCGGCACCAGGGUCACCCGAAGAGCUAGAAGAGGAGGCAGGACAGCAAGGCGCCUUUAACGAGGAGACUGGCGAGAUCAACUGGGAUUGCCCAUGCCUCGGUGGCAUGGCAAACGGAUCGUGUGGCGAGCAGUUCAAGGCGGCAUUCAGUUGUUUCGUGUACUCGAAGGAGGAUCCCAAGGGCGUGGAUUGCAUUGAGCAUUUCAAGACGAUGCAGAAUUGCUUCCGGGAACAUCCUGAGGAGUACGGCGCCGAGCUGGAUGAUGAGGAUGCGCCACCUAUGGCUAUUGAGGGCGGAGACGACCCUGCAGAAGCUCCAGCAUCUACACCAGCGCCUGCGGCAAAGCAAUCGUCACCAGCCGAGCCAGAGCCGCAGGUUGCAGCGAAGUCAGAGCCUUCGCCACCGCCAUCACUUGCCGCUGUGGGAGACUUCCACGACGGCAAGGCAGAGAAGGCCGCUGUUCACCGAGACGUCUCUCCCGCAUCAGACAAGGCGAUCGAGGGCAGGAGGGACCGCGCGAUAGCAGCUACUGAGCAAGUCGAGCGGGAUCAUGGCACACCUACGUCGGAGUCGAAGUCUGCUGUGCCCAAGUCGGCACACGAUGCGAGGUAG